UCCGGGCCUGCCUUCCCGCCCGCUGGCCGGGAAAUUCCCCCUGAAAAGGGCGGCGGGCCGGGACCGGCGGUGGAAUCAGCCGGGGCGGGCGGCAGGGAGUCGGGCCUGGGGCUUCGUCCAUCCGUUCAUCUAUCUGUCCGUCCGUCCGAGGUGUGCGGGGCCCGGGCGGGGAGCCCCGCGGCGGCAGUGGCCGGAGCUGUCAGCAUGGCCGGUGGCCCUGAGCCCUACAUUGAAAUAUUUGAACAACCCAGGCAAAGGGGCAUGCGUUUCCGAUACAAAUGUGAGGGAAGAUCAGCAGGCAGCAUUCCAGGAGAGCACAGUACUGAAAACAAUAAGACAUUCCCUUCCAUACAGAUCCUGAACUAUUUUGGAAAAGUCAAAAUAAGAACAACACUGGUAACGAAGAAUGAACCCUACAAGCCACACCCUCACGAUCUGGUGGGAAAAGACUGCAGAGAUGGCUACUACGAAGCGGAGUUUGGGCCAGAACGGCGAGUCCUGUCUUUUCAGAAUCUGGGCAUUCAGUGUGUGAAGAAGAAAGACCUGAAGGAAUCUAUUUCUUUACGAAUCUCAAAGAAGAUUAACCCUUUCAAUGUGCCUGAAGAACAGCUGCACAAUAUCGAUGAGUACGACCUCAAUGUUGUCCGCCUCUGCUUCCAAGCUUUCCUUCCCGAUGAACAUGGCAACUACACGUUAGCUCUUCCUCCUUUGAUUUCCAACCCCAUCUAUGAUAACAGAGCCCCCAACACGGCAGAAUUGAGAAUUUGUCGUGUGAACAAGAACUGCGGAAGUGUAAAAGGAGGAGACGAAAUAUUUCUGCUGUGUGACAAAGUCCAGAAAGAUGAUAUCGAAGUCAGAUUUGUCUUGGACAACUGGGAGGCUAAAGGUUCCUUCUCACAAGCUGAUGUUCACCGCCAAGUUGCAAUUGUGUUCAGAACACCACCAUUUCAGAGAGACAUCACUGAGCCCAUCACGGUGAAGAUGCAGCUGAGAAGACCUUCAGACCAGGAAGUCAGUGAACCUAUGGAUUUCCGAUACCUACCAGAUGAAAAGGAUCCCUAUGGAAACAAAGCAAAAAGGCAAAGAUCAACGUUGGCUUGGCAAAAGCUCAUACAGGACUGUGGAUCAAAUGCAACAGAGAGGCCCAAAGUACCACCAUUCCCUGCUCCUGAAGGGAAGCCGAUUAAGAAAGAACCGAAAAUGUUUUCAUCCCCACUGAUGAUGCCAGGGUUCCUAACCAACACCAGUCAGAUCUACCCUCUCUGCAACCAGAUCCAGGCGGCGCCAGGGGGGCCAGGGAAGCCGGACUCACUGUCCUCAAGCUGGCAGCAGAUGUUCAGCCCCUCUCCUUCUGCCAGCAGUCUGCUGGGCACCCACCCGCAGAACAGCUUUGGGGCAGACAUGUCGCAGUCCAAUGUUACUCAGGGCAGCAGCUCUCUCCCAGCUUUCCACGACAACACUCUGACCUGGCCUGAUGAGAAAGAUUCAGGCUUCUACCAGAAUUUCGGCACUGCAAACGGGGUGGGACCGGUGUCGACUACAGAUGUGCGGAGCAUGCCUAGUAACAGCAUUGGGCACCAGGCGCAUCCCACCAGCAUGGAGACUGAUGACAUGAACUGCACCAGUAUCAACUUUGAGAAGUUUAAUCCAGUGUUAAACACGAGCAAUCACAGGCAGCAGCUCCAGCAGGUGCCUGCACCUUGCCCGCCUUUUGCAGCCCUGGGCAGUACACCUUUCAACCCACAGUCUAACUUAGCUGAUCCGACAGUUUAUGGUUAUUUAGACCAAGAAGUUUUAAGCCAAUCGAGACUAUCCACCAACCCCAUCCCAACCCAUCCAAAUAGCAUUGCAGAUAACCAGUUCUAUGACACCGAUGGUGUCCACACUGAUGAGCUCUAUCAGUCUCUGCAGUUGGAUAGCAUUUUACAAAACUAUAACCACUGAGCCAGCAGUGUCAGGCUGGCCGCAGGUACGUAGCGCUUUUCAAGCUGUGUGAAGAGGAGGAACUUACCCUUCUGGAGUCCCUUCUUUCUCUUUCAGAAUGUUACUAUACAAGUUUCACCUUAUAACUUCAGGUUAUAUAUUACAGCCCAAAGACUGGUGCCCAUAAAGAAGAGAGGUGGGAGUAGGGUUUAGGGUUCUAUACCUUAAAAGUACAUUGUGUGCAUAUUUUUCCGCUGUUGGAAAAGGGAACUGCUAACACUUAAAUCUUCCUUACCUGUGAGGACUGUAAAUGCUGGCAUCUUCAGAAGGGUUAAAAUUUCAAAUACUUCACAGGUUUAAACUUGUUUGAAAAAUAACUAUUUUUGCUAUGGAAAUUAAAUUUGAUAAGACAGAAAUUAGGAAAAAAUCCCGGCACGUGGGCACUCUAGUUCAGAUGCACUUAACAAUGUUAAGGUUUUACUCCACUUACUUGAAAGGUUUAGGUUUCUUAUCUUCUUUCAUAUAAAAUAUUCUCCUAAAACAAGACCACACAUCGAUUUUCCGCAUUUUUACCACACUCCAUUUGCUUUGAAGGCAAAUUUACUCUAAAAUUUUUUUAAUGACUAUGUCAUUGUUAGAUGUAUUUUAAAAGACCGGAAGGUUUGAGUUUUUAAAUAGUCCAGCUCUGUUGUACAUGAAUCACUGCACAAAAGGACGAACAGAAAGUGAGGACUUCUCUGCACUGGAUCCCAAGAGCACUAUAUUAAAUGACAAACCCCUGUUGCUUUAGGAAUGGAGCACACUCUUACUUCUCUGAAAGUUGGGGGUUUUUUGUGUAUGUAGCUGUGAUGUGUAUGUGAUUUUGAGCAGCAGAAAUAUGCUGAGCCGAAGCAUCUUCCCACCCUCUCCUCAGGUAUCCCAGCAGUUUCCUGCUAUGCAAGUGACUGCUCAAAAGGCGGCUCAGAUCUUGCCUCCCCACUGUCCCCUCCCAAGAGAGCUUUGGGGCAAACCUGGAGGCAGUUUUAGCACAGGCUCAUCUAGAUGCACCCUGUUAACAACAUAAGGCCUUUUCAGCCAGUACUAACCAAAAAUAGCAUGCUAUAAUCUGUACCAGAAACCAGAACUUCCUUCCACUUGCUUCCCAGUCUUUGUUCUUAGCCUGAGUUGCGAGAUAUUCACAGAAUCACAGAAUCCUUCUGGUUGGAAACAACCUUUAAGAUCAUCGAGUCCAACCAUAACCUAACUCUACCAAACAUUACCAAAUCCCAUCCUUAAAUCGUGUCCCUGAGCACCACAUCUACACGUCUUUUAAAUGCCUCCAGGGAUGGUGGUUCUACCAUCUCUCUGGGCAGCCUAUUCCAGUGUUUAAUUACCCUUUCAGUGAAGAAGUUUCUUCUAAUAUCCAAUCUGAACCUCCCCUGUGACAGCUCGUGACAAAAACCUCCCCAGUGACAGCUCAUAUGGAUGUAACUGGCUGGGUAAGACACUUUACUCUGCGUUAUAGGGCUUUGCUAUUUUAUUAUUAUUAUUAUUUUUAAGAAGCAACACAGCAAGAAAUAGAUGAGUAUUUCUUAAGUUUACAGCUGGUGUGUAUAGCAGAUAAGGCUUAAGAAUCUAAUAAUUACUGUUAGCCAACAUAAAACUGCACCAUGGAAAGAAGCAACAAAAUAACAUACUUGUAUAUAUAAAAACCAAAAAAGCACAACCCCAAAUAAAAAAAAGCCACGUGAGAUGUUUAGUUGUAUGGAAGGUAGAAAGGAGCUCCAACAAACCUCCGUGGUUCGUAGGAAAGCAAUGACUUUCUAACUGCAGUAAUUAACAGGGUUCAAAGCGAUAAGGUGGUGCUGCUCUCACGCAUUACAUGAGUUACCUUCAGCAGCAUGUAGGAUCUAGGAUAUUUGAAGUUUGGAAAACUGCUUCCCCUCACUCCAAGUACACAGCGCAUUGAAUUAACUCGCACCAUUUUAAAGUGGUUUUUCCUCACUUCUGUGUAGCUCCUCUGCAGUCUUAAGAAAUAGAAGGACGAAAGAAAUACAAAGAAAGCUUGAAAUGUGUUGUUUAUUCAGUUCUUUUUUUUGAAGUUCUCAAUUUUCAGUAUAUUAAAUGUAAACAUUUUACUCACUUAAUCGAAAGCUCUUUAUAGUACAUGUUUUUACUGUAUAAUUAAAUAUUUUCAAAGUUCUGUUUUCCUUUGUAAACAAGUUCGUUUGGUAAUUAAAAAAACUGGUUAUACUAA